AGGACGAGCACGAAUUGCGAGAGAAAUGAAGAACCUCAUCGUUGACGCAAACUUUCCCCGCACGCUCGACCAGCGUGUCUACCACUUGAGCCUGCGCGCAGGCGAGGUGGCCAAUCGCAUCCUCACCCUGGGCGCGCCUUCGAGGGCACACGGGAUCGCCUCGUAUCUCGACGCGACUCCGACGCCGUUCACGCUCACCUCGGAGCGCGGGUUUACCACCAUCACCGGCCGCUACAAGGGCGUGCCCGUUUCCAUAGUCAGCAUCGGCAUGGGGCACCCCAACGCAGACUUCUUCGUCCGCGAGGUAAGGGAGUGCCUCACCGGCGACAUGGUCGUGGUGAGGCUCGGGUCCUGUGGUGGCCUCAUCGAUGUGCCAGUCGGGAGCGUCGUUGUGCCGAAGGCGAGCAUCGCUGUCUCCAGAAACUACGACUUCGACUUCGUCAAUGGCCAGUCGGGCGAGCUGCCAUACAGAACCAGCAAGCCGGUCCUUGCCGACCCCAUCGUCCACGAUGCCCUCGUCGAUGCCCUGAAGAGGACGCGUCCGGAAGGCGUGGCGACCCCGAUAGUAGACAACACCUUGAACGCCUCGGCGGACAGCUUCUACUCCUCGCAGGGGCGGCAGACGUCGUUCCCCGACCAUAACGCCGACCUCAUCGACCGCCUUAUGUCCGAGCACACGGACCUCGCCACCUUCGAGAUGGAGACGUUCCACAUCCUCCACCUCGCGGCCUGCUGGCGCGCGGAGGCCAAGGACGUGACCAACAGCCCAGGGCCCCCGCUCGAUCGCGACGCCACGGCGCCCUCGAUCUACCCGGCCCACCUACCGUCCACGCAGGCGGCCAUCCCCGAUGUCGCGACCUCGGCCGCGGGUGAUGCGCCGCUCAAGCCACCCCCGCGCAUUAGGGCAGCUGCUGCGCAGAUGGUGUUCGCCUCGCGCACGUCGCAGGACUUUAUCACGCCUGAGGAAGUGGCGAGCGUCGAGGCGUGGACGGGACGCGCUGUGCUCGAGGCCCUCGUCGGACUUGAGAUCGAGCCUGACCGCCUCCACGAAGAGAAGGGAAGCGUUUGGGAGAUCAAGGAGGGCGAGCAGACGCAGACAGUGCCUAGGUAAAUGUGCGGCGGGCGACUUCUCGUGCACGCAGCGUAGACGCUGCGAUAGAUGUAGACUAGAACGGAAUGGAUGGCGGACUGCGCAUGUGCGC